GGCGACCGAUCCACGGCAACCAAGUGACACACCAGCUGGACAAGGUCUACGUGACCAAGCAGGUGGACGAGGUCUACGUAAUCAAGCAGCUGGACAAGGUCUACGUGACCACCACAGGAGCUCAAGACGAGGUCUACGUGACCACAGAGCAUAAGAACGAGGCGUAUGUGACCACAGAGCAGGAGGACGAGGUCUAUGUCACAGAAUUCAAAGACGAGGUCUACGUGACCACUGACGAGCAAAACCUGGUCCACGUGACCACAAACAAGCAGGAGGAGGUGUACGUGACCACAGACAAGCAGGACGAGGUCUACGUGACCAAUGACGAGAAGGACGAGGUCCACGUGACCACGGAGGUGCAGAACGAGGUUUACGUGACCAUGACGGAGCCUGGUGCUGAAUGGCACGGCUUCGGGCUGACGCCUUCAACGUUCGACGGCCACGCGGAGCAGUGGACGGACUGGAGCUUCGUGAUGAGGGCGUACUUGGGCGGCCAGACGGCGCAGGUGCUGAAUCUCCUAGAGGCGGCUGGGCAGCGAGGAGAUCCAGACACCAGCAUGGCGGAGACCCUACAUCGGUUGGGAGCUGAAGGAGUUACGGCAACGGAGGAAAUGUUCUUCGCGCUGGUCACGACAGUGAAGGGCAACGCGCAGAUGCUGAUCAGGAGCGUAGAGGAUCAGGACGGAUCGCUGGCGUGGCGAGCGUUGAUCAAACCCCGCGAGUUUGCGACGGCCAUGAGAGCGCAAAACAUCAUGACGGCGAUUUUCAGUGUGAAGCCACGUCCUUCGGAUUUGGCGGAGUUCGAGCAGCGCCGCCCCGAUUCGGAGCGCGACGCCAGGCGCCACGAGACAGCGUCAGGAGAGGUCUUCAACGCAGGAGUCAAGAAGGGCAUCUACCUGCAGAAGGCUCCGAAUAACAUCAGGACGGUACUGCAGCUGCAGAGCGAGGGAAGCUGCGACGAGCUGGUCUGCACCGCGAUUCAGCACUUACAAGCCGCGGCGGUGCACGAGGACGGAUGCCAGCAGAAGUGGCCGAUCGCACCAGGACUUGGGGUCGAAUGCAGCAAAGGAAGCCGAACCUCAGGAGACCUGGAGGUGGACGCGGGGACACGGCGGUGUCCCAGUGGCAAGGGCAAGGACGACAAAUGUAAAGAUCGAGACAACAAAGGCAACGACAGGAGCAAAGACCAGAGGGGCAAGGGCGCGGAUCCCAUGGCGAGGGCG